UAUAUUUGAUAUAGCAUGGUUUCAAAAAAAAAAAGUUAUUUGACGAAAAUUGUGUUCCGUGUAUCCUUAACCUUAUUCGAAAUCGUUCAGCAAGAAAACUCCAUAAAGGGUCCAACACAUAUCAAAGGUUAUAUUGGAGAAGAUGCCUCGUUUAUGUGGAAUACGACGGAUCAAAAAAAAAUCCUUUCUGCCAGCUGGGGAAUAAGAAAGGGCACCAUCCCCGAUCCUCAGUUUAUCAGUGUUAACUCAUAUAAUGGAAGGAUGACCAAAAACAAAGAUAUUGGCGACACGUUGAAAAGAAGAGUAGAAUUUCUUGGAAACUUGACAAUAGGCCGUGCUUGGUUUGUGUUGAAGAACCUUACUAUCAAUGACACUAAUGAAUACAUUGCAAGCAUCAGUGACGAUGAAUCUAGCGAUCUACCACAUUAUGUGCGCCUAGUGGUUGCAGAGAAAGAAAAAGGUAAACCAUUCACUUUUAUGGGAGUAAUAUAACUCAUUUAUUUCAUAUUAUAAACGUCUGAUGGGAUA